CCACGACGGUGCAGGCUGCCGGUCACCUUCCUCCCGACGACGUCAACCGCGAGGCUUAAGUCAUAGAACCGACGAUGCCUGCCCUCGGAGAAACGUUGACAGACUUCCUCGCCAAGGCGUCCGCCCGCACGCCCAAGGCGAUCCUCUCCAAAGUCGCGUCCGCCUGUAUCGAGAUCCACGAGCUGGUCCAGCAAGGCGCGCUCGCCGACGUGAUUGGGUCGGCGCAGACCGACAACGUGCAAGGCGAGGUGCAGCAGAAGCUCGACAUUCUCUCCAACGACGCGAUUCUCAACGCAUGCGCUACCGAAGCCUCGCUUGGCGGCCUCUGCUCGGAGGAGCACGAGACGUUUUACCCGGGCGCGGUCGCCGGCGAGUACCUCCUCCUCUUUGACCCGCUCGACGGCUCGUCCAACAUUGACGUCAACGUGUCGAUUGGCACAAUCUUCUCGAUCCUGCGCCGCCCGUCGACGGCGACAGCGGUCACGCACGCCGAGUUUCUGCAGCCCGGGGCGCGCCAGGUCGCGGCCGGCUACGUCAUCUACGGCCCGCAGACGAUCCUCGUGCUCAGCGUCGGCGACGGCGUCCACAUGUUUACGCUCGACACGGCGGCCAAGCGCUUUGUGUGCACGCGCCACAACGUCACGAUCGCGCCCGAGACGAAAGAGUUUGCGAUCAACAUGUCCAACAUGCGCCACUGGGACGCGCCGGUCCGCCGGUACGUGGACGAGUGCCUCCUCGGCAGCCAAGGCGUCCGCGGGAAGGACUUCAACAUGCGCUGGAUCGCGUCCAUGGUCACUGAGAUCCACCGUCUUCUGACGCGCGGUGGCGUCUUCAUGUACCCGUGGGAUGCCCGGUACCCGGAGAAGCCGGGCCGCCUCCGCCUCCUGUACGAAGCCAACCCGAUGAGCUUUCUCAUUGAGGCGGCGGGCGGCGCAAGCAUCAACGGCUACGAGCGCAUGCUCGAUGUUCGACCGACCGAAUUGCACCAGCGCGUCUCCGUCAUCUUGGGCGCCAAGCAUGAAAUCGAACGUAUCGCGAAGUACCACGCGACCGCCGCCAAACCCAACCCCCUCGCCCGCAUGUGACGGAAUACCUGGCUUGCACUGCUGGGUGAUAUGACUCUAUUGGUCGUUGUUGCUGCUAUAACUCAAUCGUAAUGGACGCGUACCUUGUUGUUGUUUCC